GUAUUCUUCGGCGGCAUAGCUUAUGUGGCAUGGUACAAGAAGAAUGUGCUCGAUAAGAUGGAGCUGGCAUUCGCGAGGGGGUAUGACCCAGCCCUUGAGCUGGCAAGCGCGGCAAAACGCCGCAACGCUUCACACCAAUCCGAUGCCUCGCCAUCUGAGCCCGUGUGGCCGGAGCAUGUGCGGCGGCGCGAACAAGACCUCAUCGAUCGCGUCAUUCGGGGCGCGGAGGCAGGGCAAUACUACAUGCUGCUCGGACCUAAGGGGACGGGCAAGGGAACUAUGAUCCUCGAUGCGAUGCAGGCUGUGCAGGCGGAGGGCGUCGCGAUGUGCGACGCGCACCCAGACCUAGAGGUGUUCCGAUUGCGCCUCGGGAAAGCGUUGAAUUACGAGUACAACGAGGAUACCCAGACAGGUCUGUUCCAGCGGCGAGAUCCGCGAGAAGCCGGGCCUUCGCUGGAUAUUGAGCGAGCACUAAACAAACUGGAGAAGGUUGCCUUGCGCCAUACGCAGCGCACGGGGCGGCCACUCAUUUUAGUUAUCAACAACGUACAUUAUUUCAAGAAUGAUGACGACGGGAAGAACAUGCUCUUGCAACUGCAGUAUCGCGCCGAGACCUGGGCCGCAGGAGGCAUCAUGACGCUGGUGUUUAGCACUGAUGACUUCUGGCCUUACCUGUUAAUGAAGAAAGUUGCUACAAGACUACAGGUCGUUGCCGUUGGCGACUUAUCGCUAAAAGAUGCUGCUCGAGCCACCAGUCUGAUGCGCUUGAAUAUGAGGCGAGCGCUCCCUGACGCCGUGUCGAUACAAGAGGCUGUGUCCGUUGUCGGUGGACGACUGUCAUACUUGUCCAAAAUUGCCAGAGCUCAGGACGUGCAGGAUGCUGCGAACAACAUACUCGCCGUUGAGACGGCCUGGCUGCAGAGCCAAAUCGGACUCAUCCCGGACUGCGACGACGAUGUAAUGGACGAGCAAAAGUGGAGUUCGUGCUCGUGGCUGCUUCUUCGCGAGUUUGUGCAACAGCGCCGGGAGGAUGAGCGGGAGCGCAGAAAGGCCGUCAAGUCUGGGAAGUUGUCACCGGAUGAUUUGGACGAGCUGCCGCUACCGAAGAUUCCCUACUACAAAUGUCGUCAGAUCAUGACCAGGCCGGAUUUUCUGGAGGGUCUCGACCGCGCCAACAUCAUUGCCAUUGACGUAAACCACAAUGUGACGCCCGACUCAUUGUUAAUUUUGCGUGCGGCGCAGGAGGUGGUUGAAACAUCAGGAUUCAACAAGUUGCUCGACGACGUCCGGAACAGGGUGGACGAAAUAGAGAGCUUGCACCGCACCAGAGAGCUGACGGUGGGUCAUUUCCGCGGCCACAUGUGUCCAAUCUAA